CCGUCGAGAGAAUCUUCAAAGCCAACUUGACAUCGGCACAUCAGCAAUACCCUUCGAAAAACAAAACCACCCGCGGAAAAUGUCCCCCCAACGCCAAACAACAAAACAAAAAACCCCGGACGGUCGUGGUGGCGUCUAAAAAAGCCACAGCCACACCUCCAUAGGCAUAACCCAGAAACUCCUGCCCACCAGAAGUGUGAAAGUGGAGGGGGAAAUGUCGCCCUGCGAUUGGCCUAAACGCCAACACUGACACCCGUCGGCCAAUAGCGUGGCGUUACCAUCAUUAACACAGCCAAGUGUUGCCUAUGUGGGGCUCGCUCUAUAGUCCUCCACUGUCUUUUCGUCGGGAUAGAGGUGUCAUGAUUCACACUAACUGUUAACCCUUAUUUCACAUAGAUUUGGACUGUUCGCCGCGAAAACUCAACAAAUCAGUGCGUGAACUCUAAAAAUAAGACUUUAAAAGUGUAGUGCCACAGUGUAAAUCAGUGAAAAAUCACAACAAUGACAAGGUGCAAAUAACCUACAGUUACCGCGGGACUCAAAAAGUAUGCUAAAAAGUUUUUUAAUCCACAAAAUCCGUUAUUUAUGAUUCAUCUGAAGCGGUUAAGGAAUCUGUGGGAUUCUGCCGCGUUAAAUCCAAACCAAUGCGUUUCGAAACAGGAAUAGACUCUGUCCUUGACUCUAGUAAGUCGAAAAGUAUUAUGGCCUAUCAUCCCUUCUUGCAGCUGCCAAGACAGACGGACUUUAGUGUAUCCUCCUUGCUAACGGCCGCUAAUAAUAACACGACCUCCUCCAAUUCGCCUGCGGGGUCAGGAUUUUUUCCGUCGGCAGCGUUAGCCGCCUUCGGGGCGCAACAAGGGCCUCACGGCUGCUACCCCGGGACUCUGAUACCAAAAAUUAACCAUCCCCAUGCUCACCAUGCACUCAGUGGUCAUCCGUACACCACCGCUGAAGAUGUCGUCAUCGCCGCUGCCGUAGCUGCCCAUAGUCACCAUCCUGCGAUGGUUAGGCCUCUGCGAGCCAUCCAGCCGGAGGAAGAUGGGGUUGUUGAUGAUCCCAAAGUGACUCUGGAGGGAAAAGACUUGUGGGAGAAGUUUCAUAAGUUGGGGACGGAAAUGGUGAUAACAAAAAGUGGAAGGCGCAUGUUUCCUGCUUACAAAGUUCGCGUAUCGGGACUUGACAAAAAAUCCAAAUAUAUCCUUCUAAUGGACAUCGUCGCUGCUGAUGAUUGUAGAUAUAAAUUCCAUAACAGCCGGUGGAUGGUGGCUGGCAAAGCGGAUCCAGAAAUGCCGAAGAGGAUGUACAUCCAUCCGGAUAGUCCAUCAACGGGGGAACAGUGGAUGCAGAAAGUGGUCUCUUUCCAUAAACUCAAGUUAACCAAUAAUAUUUCGGAUAAGCACGGAUUCUUGAAAGACAAAGCCGUAGAACUUCUGACGAUACUGAACUCCAUGCACAAAUACCAACCCAGGUUUCACUUAGUUAGGGCUAAUGAUAUUUUAAAACUACCUUAUUCAACGUUUCGGACGUAUGUCUUCAAGGAAACGGAAUUUAUAGCAGUUACAGCAUACCAAAAUGAAAAGAUUACUCAAUUAAAAAUAGACAAUAACCCCUUUGCCAAAGGAUUUCGAGAUACGGGUGCCGGAAAGAGAGAAAAAAAACAGGCCAUGCUGGCACAAAGACACUCAGACGACAAGACAUCACAUCCUCUACCAGCCAGGAUGUCUGCAGAUAGUAGUACUGUUUCAAAAACUGAUGACUCGGAAUUGGAUGUGGUUGGUACUGCCGAUAGUCCUAGGCCAUCUUUACAUUCUUCUACUCCUAUAGCUUCAUCUUUAAAUCAAUCAGGUACCGAAGAAGACUCGAUUCGAAGACGCCUCCAUGAUGACUCAGGUUCUGAAAGUAGUUGUUCCGAAUCACCAGGUAGUACUGCGUUUCGCCCUCGACAAUCGACGUCACCAAAAGACUCCGCUGGACCAUCAAACCCAUCAGGAGAAUACCCCUCUCCUAAUAUUAGCGUCGGCCCGCCGAUUCACCCUCCACCGCAUUUACUUCCUUACCUGUACCCUCCUGGAAUGUAUCCCGGAGCUGCAGGCCACUCGCCUUUCGGCCCACCUCUAAGCCUCUUCACGGGAGCUCACAAUCCCGGCAUGAACCCUAGUUUGCUCUUUAACGCUCAGUUAGCCUUGGCAGCACAGCAUCCUGCCUUGUUUUCCCACUACCAGAACCUGACGCACCCGAACCCACACGGUCACCAUUUGUCUCCCACCUCACCCAUUCACAACCACCUGAAGGCAGGCCACCGAUUUGCGCCAUACACAUUACCUAACUCAACCACUGGAGUAAGUUCCUCACCUCUGGGCAGUGCUUUUGAAACUGUAACGCCUAGUUCCCACACCAGAAGCCUCAGUAAUUCCCCCUCGGGCAAAAUUAGAGCUGGUUCUCUAUCGCCCCCUUUAAGGCCAAAUACGACGUCGCCGAAACCUGAGGCGGCAACUUCUCCUAGUGAUUUGAAAAGCAUAGAAAAAAUGGUAAAUGGUCUAGAUGUGAAGCAAAGUGAAGAUAAUGAUAAGUAGUGAUGUUAGGAAGCCAUAUAAUUUGUUUUAAUUCCGUACUCUAGAUGUGUACUCUUGGUGAUUAUCAAGUUAGGUUCCCAGAUUUACUAUUAAUUAGGAAAGCCACUUUAGUAUAGUUUGACUUUUGAUUCCCAAAUACUAGUGCAAUCAAUACCUUCAAGGUUACGUAAACAGAUAAAGAUGGAACUGAGUUUCCAAACUUUCUUCUUUUUAAAGGACGUUCAAAAGCGUUAAAACUAUCAAAAUACAAUUGAAAAGUAUUUAUUUUUAGUGUUAAAAGCAUCAAAGAUUUAGAAAAAGUAUUGAAAAAGCAUUCGAAAAGCUUUUAAAUUGCUUUAAAAAAUGUUGAGGAGCGUUAAAAGAUUUUCACAUUUUAUUGCUUUUUAAAAUUUUUAACAACUUCGCAACAUUUUUUGGGAUAUUUCAACCUUUUUUUAUAAUGGUCGAAAAAAUCUCAGAAUAGAAAGGGGCAUAUCAAUUGGCGACAGAAGAAUCAACAAUCCUUGGAAGAAUUGACGGAGCUGUAAUAACGAAUAGAAUGAGUGAGUUUGGAAGCAGGGAUGUCAAUAAAUAAAUCAAAGACAAAGAUUAUGAUCAUAGACAGAAGAUAUAACAACUAGGCAGACAUUGCCAGAAGGGAGCAAUGAUAAAGCUCACCAAAGUGUGAAAACGCCACAUCACCAUGGAUACAAACAUAAGGCUUGUAAAGACAAUGAUCUUUUCCAUUUUUCUAUAUGGAUCUGAAUAAUAUCUUUAAUAAAUGCACUAUCGAGAUUUUGAAAUGUUUUGCUGGCCAAGAAUGUUCGGGCGAAUAUUUUGGGUCGCAAGAAGAACUAACGAAUGACAGCUGUAUGUUACAAGUAAGCUUCCAAACAUUGUGACCUUACUUUGGUCGUGUGAUGCUUAGAAAUUGUCUGGUGAAGCUUACAUUGCAGGGGAUGCUGAAGGGGCGAGAGCUCGAGGAAGAUCACCAACACAGUAUAUGGACCACAUUACAAAAGAGGUUGGGGCUUCACUAAACCUUUGGUUCAGAGUUGCAGAGGAUAGUUGAAGAGGAUAGAGAAAGAAUGACAUCUUCUUCUUAUGGUGCCUAUCCGUUACGGAUGUUGGACACUAACAUGGCUAUUCUGACUUUUUUGACUGCUGUCAUGAAAAGUCCGGUAGUGGUUAAGUUAAACCAUUUUCGCAGGUUAUGCAGCCAGGAUAUUCUUCUUCGUCCUGGACCUCUUUUCCCAUGCACUUUACCUUGAAGUAUGGUCCGAAGUAGGUCAUAUCGUUGUUCAUUGCGCAUUAUAUGGCCCAGAUAUUCCAGUUUGCGACGUUUUAUGGUUACGACUAGUUCGCGCUCUUUACCCAUUCUAUGUAGAACUUCUUCGUUGGUAACUCUGUCUAUCCAGGAAAUCCUCAACAUGCGUCUAUAGCACCACAUCUCAAAUGCUUCGAGUCUCUUCAGUGAUGCUUCAGUUAAGGUCCAUGACUCCACGCCAUAUAAAAGAACGGAGAAUACGUAGCAUUUUAGUAAACGAACUUUUAUUUCCAAUUUUAUAUCGUGGCUGUUAAAGAUUUUUUUCAUUUUGACGAAAGCUGACCUUGCCUUCUCGAUCCUUAUCUUAAUUUCGGUCGAUUGGUCCCACUGUCCAUUUAAGUUUGCAGCCAAAUAACAAAAGUUGGUGAUUUGUGUUAUAGGUUGUUGGUUAACUAGUAAUUGACCAGAUGGUAUCCUAUUUUUGCUUAUAACCAUGUAUUUGGUUUUUUUGAUGUUAAAAUCAAGCCCAAACCUGCUACUUAUUUCUGCCACCCUGGAGACAAGUGUCUGAAGACCUUCAAGACUGUCUGCAAAAAUGACAGUAUCAUCAGCGUAUCUUAUGUUGUUCAAUCGUUCUCCGUUUAUAAGUAUUCCCUCGUCUAUGUCCGUUAGCGCUAGGUUCAUAAUGUGCUCUGAAUAUGUAUUGAACAAUAAUGGGGACAAUAUACAUCUCUGUCGCACACUUCUUUUUAUCUUUAUGUCGUCUGUUAACUGAUCCCCUACUCAAGUUGACAUAGUUUGAAUGACAUAGUUUAAGAGAAAAAAUUGAAAUUGAGAAGAUGAUACGAUGUUCGAAGCUGACGACCUACAGGAAAGAAGAACCUUUUUAUAGCAUUUUCAAUACUUUUCUGUCGCUUUGAAUGCUUUUAUAACUCUUAUGCUUCGUUUUUUGUGUUCCUAAAACGUGACUUUAAACUUGUUGACUGCGGUUAGGUUUAUGUAUUAAAACUAAAGAAAGUGAACUAUAGUAACUGGCUAUAUAUUGUCAAUUUAAGAACAAACUCCACUAAUCUAUUAUUCUCUGGCUAUAAAUAAUCUUCCAACUUUCAUUUUAUAGCUAAAAUAAUGACUUCACAAAGGACACCACACAAAUCUAAUGGAAAAUGUAUUGUUAUUCAAAUGAAAUAAAAUUUAGAUGAAUAGAUUCGUUUCGAUAUUACAAUAAUUUCAUAUCAUUGUGCCAGCUCUAAUUUUGACUAAUAACGGCUUAAAUUGAUAUAAACAAAUCUUAAAUCAAAUGCGAAUAUACGUCAAAGAGAAAAAAAAGAUUUUGUAAAUCGCAAUUCAUGAACCUUUCUUCAUGUAUUAAGUAAGAGGCUUACUCUUAUCUUAUAGAUAAUAAAGUAGGUAUAAUUUGGUCAGUCGUACAAAAGUAUAUAGUUCCUCUAAUCGGCUUAGCUCACGCUGGGUUAAGCUGUAUUCAAUAGCCACUAGACUAACAGUAUUGAUGAAUGAUAGUUUUAUGGACUUGAAAAAUGUGAUUUCGAUCAAUUUAAUUACAAUUUACGCCCUUAUUAAUCAAAAUUCAGAACUGGCGCAAUGAUAUGAAAUGAUUGUAAUUUCAAGACGAAUCUACUCAUGAAAAUGUUAUUACAUUUGAGUGAUAUAUUUUCCAUGCGAUGUGUGAGGUGUCCUUGAAUAAGUCAAAUAUUGUUACCAAAUCUGAGAACCUAAUUUUACCUGAAACGGCGUUUUAUGUGGCAGUUGUAAACAUAAUGGACCUGUGAUAGACCCUUGUGGAACUAAAUUUCUUACAUUGUCUAUAGCGUCCUUUCAGGACAGAAAAUAUUUUCAAAAUGGAGAUGCUCGCUAAUUCGGUUGUUGUUCGAGAAUUUUUUACUGUGAAUUUGCGGGUAUCUCAUAUACGGGGUGUUUUUGCAAUAAAAGAUAAAGCUCAUAAAAAUGUUUCCUAAUAAGUAAAUUAAAAAUUGGCCGUUUCUAAAUGUAUAAUAGGUUCAGCGAUGUAAUUUCUUAAGAGGAGUUUCUAUGUUACUGUUAAAAAUGUUAAACAAUUAGUUUUUUAUGUUGAGUUUUGUAAUUUGAAACUUUCAUGGUCAAAUUUAUCUUAAUUGAAAGCUAGGAAUAUUUACCAACAGAGAUAUUACAUUAAACUAUAUUACAUUUUUUAAAUAAGUUUUUUGUGAUUUUCUAUUGCUAAUCCUAAUAUAAAGCCUUAAAAUUUUUGACUGGAUCGUGGGUAGAAGCAUAGUCCUACCAAAUUAUUAGAAUCAUAGCCCCACUAAUUAUCUUCUUUUUUAGGUACCUUCUCCUCUAAGGAGAUUGAUAAUAAUCACAGCUAUUUUCACUUUUGAGAUUGUAGCUCUGAACAAGUCGACGGAACUGCAAUUAUACCACUUUCUCAGAUUGAACUAAAUCAUCGGACGACCUCUACUCCGAUGUGCUUGUUGUCUUGGUCUCCAGUGUAUUAUUCGCUGUGUCCAUCUGUUAUCCGACAUUCUAGCUACGUGCCCCGCCCAGUUCCACUUAAGUGACUUAAUUCUUUCUAUGGCAUCUGUCACUCCUGUUCACCGUCUUAUUUCCUUGUCCUCAAUCCGAUUACUACGAGAAAUGCCUAACAUCGAGCGUUCUAUGGCUCUUUGUGUAACACAAAUUUCAUUUCUUAUUUUCUUGGUUAGGUACUGUUAAAAGUUUUUGCACCAUAUGUAAGUACUGCCAACACGCACUGAUCCAAGACUAUUCUUUUAAGACACAUAGGCAGUUCUGACUUAAGGACAUAGCUAAGCUUGCCGAAUGCCACCCAAGUGAAUCCUGUGUCUUCUUCUUCAUGUACCCUGCUCUAUUAUCAAGCGUUGGCUAUCAAAUGGGCUAUAGUAAUUUUGUUGACGGCAGCUAGCUCGGAAAGGGAUGCAGAGGAUUUGUUAAACCAUUCUCUCAAGUUUUUAAGCCAUGACGUUCUUAUUCGACCUGGCCCCCUUCUUCCGUCUACAUUGCCUUGUAUUGUUAAAUGGAGUAUAUUAUAUCUCUCUGGGUGUCGCAUAACAUGGCCAAAAUAUUCAAGUUUUCGAUUUUUAACUGUUCUGACGACUUCCGUGACUUUUUCCAUCCGGUGCAUAACAACUUCGUUACGAACUCUAUCCACCCAACUUAUUCGUAGGAUUCUCCGGUAUACCCAGAUUUCAAAGGCUUUCAAUUUCUUGAGAAGAGUAUCUGUUAAAGUCCAACCUUCGACACCGUACAAAAGAGUAGAGAACACAUAACAUCUCACUAAUCUAAUUUUAAGAUUCAAGGUAAUGUUGUUUGCACAUAAAAGUAUCUUUAUCUUAAAGAAUGCAGCUCUGGCCUUCUAUAUACGUAUUCUAAUUUCUUUGCUCAUGUCCCAGUUCUCAUUUAGAUUACAACCAAGGUAGGUGAUACUGCUAGUUCUCUCUAAUUGUUCACCAUAAGCUGUUACUACUUCCGGUUGUAUUGGCGUCUUACUGACAACCAUCACCUUGGUCUUUGCGGUGUUUAGCUUGAGUCCAUAUUCAUCACACGUUGUGGUAAUCCUAUUAAUCAGAUGUUGAAGUUCUUCAUAAUUGACGCCAUUCAUUUGGAUUGACGCCAUUCAUUUUGAUACCACAUUGAGCAUUAUCCACUGCUUUAUAGGAUGCUCCUAUAUAGGAUUAUGAUAUGCUCCCAUAUAGGAUUCAAUAAUAUCUAUCUGUUGGCAAACUUGGGUGACUUAUUAUCUUGGCGUGUAUUUUAGACAUGCACUACGGCAGCGAUUGAAUCGCCGCGUCCAAAAAUCGCAGGAGGAGACCUACCCUAAGUGAACUACUGUAUCAAAGUACAAAUUACAAAGCUUUCUGGGUCCAUUAAGGGGAGGGUAUGGUUUAAAAUCAACAUUUCAAGCACAGUUUUGUGAUAUUUUUUUGAAACUAUGGUACAAUUAUUUUAUUCUUAAAUUAAAUAAGCAUCUUAAGUACAAUUCAGAGAAUACUCAUAAACAUUUUCAAGGAAAAAUAUUGGAAAAUAAGACAACGGUGACAAAUUUUUACAGACACCUCAAAGAAAAAUGGAGUUUGCGGUGGACAUCAGAACUCAUCAUUGGAUCAUGCAAAAAAAAUCAAAAGAAUUUAUUGUUAUAAGUUUCUUAAGGUAACGCUGUCAAGUUUUUUUUUAUUUUUAGCGAUCUUUGAGUUCUUGGUAUCACUCGGAAGUCAAAACGAACGAAAAACGACUCUCUGUAACAAAAUGGUGAAAAUCAACAUAUUUAUUAUUUCACUUAUUCACCGUUAGAGGGCGUUCUAACCAUACUGUGAUAUAAAUAGAUUUAAUUUAUAUCGAGAAACUACGGUCGUGUUGGUGUAAAUUUGUCUUCAUCAGAGCCUCCUUGACAACAGGUAGACCUAGAAAUAGUACUAUUGGAGGAUGGAGGGAGACAGAUUUAAAUCAUAACGAAACCGUAGAUUUUCUUAUUUUAUAUUUAUUAUUGUUAAACAAAAAUUAUCAUAAAAACAAAUAUAUCUCGACAGCGUUACGUCACCAAAUCUCUAAAGAGAAUCUAUGCAAAAGGAAGCGUUCAAGCAUUACGUAACGCGAUUUUUGAAGAUUUUUAACCCCCCCCCCCUUACGACGUAACGCACUCUUAUGGGAGUUUAACUAUUGCGUAACCCAAUUUUUGGAGAUUUUUGACCCCCCCCCCCCCAACCUGCGUUACGUAAUACUUGAACGGUCCCAUAUUCCAGGUGGAUUGGUCGAGUAGUUUUUGAGUUACAAUGUCCACCGCCUUUGAAAAAAUAGUUUGGAGAAAAACGCGUGGAAAGUUUUGACAACUUCUUCUUCGAUUUUGACUGUCAAAUCGUAAAGUGGCGCACAGAAUAUGUUUUUAAAUCGCGGAGUAAUCUAAAAAAGAAAAAAGAGAACAGUUGUUGUUCAACGUUUGUCCCCUUAUGGCUCGAUUACACGUAACGAGUACAGUGGCGAGACAGCAAACUGUUACUAGGCCGAGACAGUGGUGAGGGCGAGAGAUGGUUUAUACGUAUUUGGCAAUUUUUGAAUUUGGAGCCGAGUCAGUUCAGUUUUGAUUCUCAAAAACAAGGAAUAGUGUACUUAUGGAUCGUAAAGCUAACAUUAAAAAUAUAUCAUCAAAUAUAUCAAACGGUAUAUACUAUACCAUUGUUUAUACAAGAAUUGACGGAUAUAUUAUGAGAAGGAGAUAAGCGGCUUUGGAUUAUAGACAAUGGAUUUUAAGAAGACCAAAUCUCGCUGCUCCCGAUUUCUUCGAUUCAUUGAUUUUUUUAUUUCUUGUCUAUAUGUCGAAUUGAAAUUUUUUAUUUUAUUUGACUUCUUGAGUUUUAAAACCAACAAUAUUUAUUUCUUCUACAAUCGAUACAUUAUGUUGCAUCACGUUUUUGUUUAUUUUUAUACUUCAAAGAUUUGAAAUUUCAUAAGCACGGGUGUGACUUAUCUAUAGAAUUGAACUAAACUUUAUUGUCCUAUCUGAGUUCCAUUUGUUAGCUGUUUUUGAGAAUCACAAAUCACAUUGAUUAAUACAAGUCGUCUCCUUUGAUGAAGGUAAUAUGCACAGUUACACAGAGGGUGUUGUUUACGCAUACCGAGUGGAUUGGCGAGUAUACGACUGAAGGGUGGGAGGUCGAAGACUCGGCCUAGUAAAUAGAACAAGAUCCGAGUGACUCUCUCGCCAUAUGACUGGGUCUAGUGCUCGGCCAAGUACUCGUUAAUAUGUUUAUACCAAAAGAGCACUCGGCCGAGAACACUGUCUCGCUACAAUACUCGUUACGUGUAAUCAAGGUUUAAGCACAAGCGGGCUGGCGCGAAACCACGGCGAAGAGAGUCGAAGGUAGGAAUAUUCAACAUGUUCUAUUUCUGGUAGUUUUACUCCGAUUAUUCUGAAAUAUUCAGAGAGUAUUUUUGAAGUUGGGAAAUUUCAUUUAAAAUAAUAAAAAAAUAAAAAUUUCAAACCAUAACCCCCUUUCCCCCCCCCCCCCCCUUAAAUUACCAAUUUGAUUUAACCUAGGAACUCUUCUUUAUAUUGGAUUUGAAUUAAAAUUGAUAGCUUAUGGACAGUAAACCUAAAAGUGCUUUUUAUAGGCUUACCAAGUACAAAUUACAUUAUACGUGUAUUUUGUAAAAAAAAUAAAACUAGUUGAGGCGAUUUUUAGUUUUUUUUCUUAUUGGUGCUGCUAUUUUUAGUUUUUUCGGGCACUAAAAGUUAUAAUACCUCGAUUAUUGACUAAGCCUUUAUGUUUUUCCUCCUUUGUUAUAAUUUUUGGUGCCAUUUAUAGUGAUUUUUUAGACUGUAUCCAUAUAAAAACGUACGAAGAUAUACAGGGUGAGGCAGAUAAACGGCUCAUUAGAAAUAUCUCACGAACUAAAGGCAAUAGAAUCAUGAAAAUUGGAGUGAAGGGGUUUUCAAGAGUGGUCUAUUUAAUGAAAAUAUUUUCAACUAUUUUCUACUUCCGGUUAUACCGGAAGUUGCUUAUAACUUCGUUUUUUAAUUGGAAUACCCUGUAUAUUUUUACAUUUUUGGAUUCUCCUCGAUGUCUUAGUUCUUAAAAUAUAAAAUUUUGUAAUGUUAUAUAGGGCAGUUUAAAAGAUAAUUACGUUUUUUUUUUAAUUUCGUAGCAACAUUCACACCCUGUAGAAUUGUAGUAGUUUGACAUUAAAAACUCUAUUCAAAAACUCAAAAAUGUAAAAAUAUAUAGGGUGUCGCAUUAAAAAAACGAAGUUAUAAGCAAUUUCCGGGAUAGCCGGAAGUAGCAAAUAGAUAAAAAUAUUUUUAUUAAAUAGAUCACUCUUCAAAACUCCUUCCUUCAUUCCAAUUUUCAUAAUUCUGUUGUCUUUAGUUCUCGAGAUAUUUCUAAUAGGCCAUUUAUCUGUCUUACCCUACCUAUAUAAUUUGUUCCUUUUUUGAUUAUAAAAAAGAUGUAUAUAUUUCUGUAUACAGUAAAAUAUGUAUAUAAAUUGUUUUUUUUUGUGUAAAUUGUAUAUUACAUUUUUCAUUGUAUAUGAAUAUUAGAAAUCAAAAAUUUCUUUAAACUUAUUAUCAGAAGAAGUUUUUUGAUGUUUGGGCUGAGAAUAAACAAAAGUGCUCUACUCUUUUAAAAUCGUAUUUAAUCAUAUUUAAUUUAAAAUCGUGAGGGUAAGAUAAGUCAAAAUUUGCGAUCCAAUUAAUCAAAACAUUGGAAUUAAAAAAACAUGUUUAAGCACCACACAAAAACAGUGCUCUUCGUGAAGCCUUUUUGGAUUAUAGAUUAAGAUGUCUUUUGAUCUUAUAGAUCUUUUUUGCAUUGCGACCUAGAAAAUCUGUCAACCAUACAUUUAUAUGGCUUUAGGAUAGCUUUUAACGUUUGCUGUAUUGUUCCUCUGUUGGAUCAAGUACUUGUUUUUCUAGGUACUCAAACCUACUUAAACCUUUUGUUUAGUUUUUUUUUUAACUUUUGGUCCUAGCACAUUUAGAUCUUCUGAGCUUCAUAUUGGUCUUUCAAGAAGCUAGAGAAUGGAUGGUCACUGUAGCAAAAGCCCCGAAAAGAGUGAGAAGACAACCGAGCAUUAAGACAAUGCUCUUGUGGAGCAGAUGGCCAACAAUGGUAAAUAAUGUUUUAAAUAUCUGUGAUACUGGAUACAUGAGACCUUAGACUCAGAACAAGAAGACAAAUAUAGAACAGAACAGGCCAGAAAAGCAUUACUAAAACUGAAAUUUCCUACCACAUCGCAUGAAAACCUGGCCCGAAAAUUAGUUCGUUACGCUGCGCUGGGAAACUUUUGAUAUGUGGAUAUUUCGCCAAAUUCUAAAAAUUCCAUUUUAUUUGGCACGGUUUUGAAGCUGUUUCUAAAACUUUUCAGAAACGUUCAGAAAUCAUUUCAGUUCUAAAACUGUAAUUUUCAUUACACCAAAAAUUGUGGCUUAAUCCCAUAAACAUAACACUAAAUUCCAUUUUAUUGGCCAACAUUAUCUUCUUUUGCUUUGUCCGUUAAUGCUUAGCUAAUUUACUCUUCCAGAAGAAUUUUCUUCUACUUUCUAUAUUUUUCGAUAAAUCUUGUGUCCUUUUUCUAAUGCGUUUAUCCCUGUAUUAUUGAUUUAGAGUUUAGGAUUAAAAAUCUACACAAGACCGAAAACAUAACAUUUCAGCAUCGACAAUUUCAAGUUGAAGCUUUCGUUUUUGAUAUUAGAUCAUUUUUCCAUGUUGUUAAGUGCCUUUGGAUUUUUGUUGUCUCUAUAUUUAUUUGUUGUGUAUAUUUGACUUGUUAACAUUUCAUUCCAUAGCUAGAACUGGUCGUUCUCCCAAUAUACAACUGUAGAGACAUAUUUCUCCCAAACAAAAGAGGUAUUUGUGUGCUUCAUGGAUUUCGAAAAGGCAUUCGAUAAAGAACAACGUGUAAAAUUAAUGCAGAUGCUAACAAAUAUAGGAAUAUAUGACAAAUAUAUUCGUGGCAUCAAUAAUUUGUACUGGAAUCAAUAUGCUAUUGUAAAAAUUGGAAAUAACUAUACCGACAAAGUCUCCAUAUAACGAGAAAUAAGACAAGUUUUCAUCUUGUAGCCAACAUUGUUCAAUGUUUACUCGGACAAGUGAGUCAAGCCUUCGCAAUAGUGAUCAUCAACGUCGGAUAAUUCUGAUAUGGCACGUAAAGAAGAAGAAGAAAGGACUUGUAUCUGGUUUUUCUAGUUUUUUUGUAAUCUUUGUAAUUUUCUUAAUUUGAUCCUAAAGACAGUAAAAAUAUGCGUUAACAAGAAGACUAAGAAUAGGGACAAUGGGAGGACAAUAAGAAAUGACUAAAAAGAAGAUAAUCUACCAAGCAUUAUAGACUAAGAGCCGCUAUAGGUGAAAUUUCUUAAUCAUUUUAGGCACGAUGGGACCCUAUAACUUAAAUAGUAGAACCUAAAAGAAAACGUUUGAACACUGUGCCGUCACUUUUCAGUGGCACAUGCGUCGACAGUGGCGCAUCAAACUUUCCACUUAUGGACGGGAAAAAUAAAUUAAAAGUUACCCUCCCUUACUAACAGAAUUAAUUUUUUUUAAUUUUUUUACGUUCUAUGUGAUUAACACAUAUGUUCAGCGUAAUUUUAGGGAUUUUUUUGAGGAAUAGCUGCAGGUCUAAUUUUUUCUUAGUAUUGUGUGUUUUAUCAAACACUAUAUUUUUAAUUUAUUUUCAGAUUUUUCCGUAAGUCUCCCCACUCUCAAAAAUCCGAAAAAUUAUUUUUUGGGGGGUUUUGGGGGAUUUUUCCUGUUUUAUAGACUUCAUAAUAUACCAAAUCAAUUUUGUUUUUAUAGGUUAUAUGUAACUUGAAGUAAAUGAGUCCUUUAGAAUAUUUAAAAAUCAGAACACGUUCAAACCCCCCAAAACCCCCUUAAAAAACAGUUUUUUGGAUUUUUGAAGCUGACCAGCGUUACAGAAAAAUCUGAAAAAAAUUAAAAAUAUAGUGUUUGAUAAAAUACACAAGACUAAGAAAAAAUUAAAUCUGCAGCUAUCCCCAAAAAAAAGUUAUAUACUUUUUUCCAAAAAAAAAAUUAAACAUUUUUUGAUGUUAUGUACACUCAAUCUAAAGGUCUAUAAAAAAUAGACGUGUUUUAUAAAAGCCUUAAUUAACUAUGUGUGUGAAUUUUUUGAAAUUUCAAAAUUGAUUGCAUCCCACAAAAAAAAAUAAAAUCGAAAAAUAAAGUUUUUGAUGGUGGGGGCAGGGAGAAGGGGGUGGUGGGUUAAAAUUACGAUGAAUCUUAUCUCUUGAUCACAUAGAACUUAAAAAACUGAAAAAAAUUAAAUUCUGGUAAUGAGGGAGGGUAUUUUUUAAUUUAUGUAUCCCGUCCAUAAGUGGAAAGUUUGAUGCGCCACUGUAGACGCAUGUGCCACUGAAAAGUGACGGCACAGUGCUCAAACGUUUUAUUUUAGGUUCUACUAUUUAAGUUAUAGGGUCCCGUCGUGCCUAAAAUGAUUAAGAAAUUUCACCUAUAGCGGCUCUUAGUCUAUUAUAAAUUGUUAAUAACACUGUAAUCUGUGAUCAUCAGACAUUGUAUAAAAAUAAUAAGAAAUAUUUUAUUUUGAAGAGCACUUUGUCUAUUUUAAAGAGCCCAAACAUUGAAAACUACUUAGUGGAAACCACAUUUUAGCUCACUAUACAAAAUUGGUGAUUUCUUUGCAAUUCUAUGAAGCAAUUUGUAGCAAAAUUUAAAUUAUGUAAAUACAUUAAGAAGUACUUUCGAACGAAUUUUUGUAUAAAUGCUUUUGUUACAUUUGAUUGGUACCAGUAUACCAAUAACAAAAAUUUUAUUUAUUUAUUGUUUUAUUUCCUCUGCUGGUACUACUCAAACUAUAUAUUCAGAGUAGAAAAUGUGAAGUGUCUUGUGUACAUGUCGUUUAAUUUAAGAAAUAAAAUGAUAUUCAUAUGAACAUAA